UUUUUUCCCCAGUUUUCUCGUUCUUCCCCACUUUUCUCAGCAUCUGAUCCUCGUUUUUUCCUCUUUCCUUUGCCUAUUGCAACCACUUCCUUCGUUUGAUCCUUUUGCUGUGCAACUCGUACCCCCUUCCCCCUUUGGAACAGCACCAAACCAUGUCAUUCGGGCUUGACCCGUCGCGCCACUACACUAACCGCGACGCUUCGUCUGCGACUUCUUCUUCCGGCGCUGCUGCUGCUGCUGCUGCUGCUGCUGGUGGAGGUAGUCUCGGCAUGAACAUCAACGGCUCUGGCCUCGCUGGACAGGCAAUGCACGGGCUGGGGCUGCACGGCGCUGGCCUCGGACCGACUGCUUCAGCUCAAGCUGCCGCUGCUGCUGCCGCUGCUGCUGCCGCUGCUGGUGGUGGUCCCGGCGUGGCUGGUGCGUAUGGGAUGAUGCUGCAGCCGCAGCACUUUAUGCCGUCGACGCCGUACUAUGCGAUUCCGCCGUACGGCAGCGGCAUUGGGAGCCCAGGCAGCCCAGUGACGCCCGGCAUGGCCUCGUCCAUCCACGCGGCUGCCAUGGCUGCACAGGCCGCUGCCGCUGCCCAGCAUCACGUCGCUGCGACUGCCGCUGCGACUGCCUCUGCUCGCGGAGCCGGGCUCGUCAUGCCGUCGUCCAACGCGCUCAUCGCCUCGGCCGCGAAACAGCACCAGCAGCAACAACAACAGCAGCUCAUCCACAGUGCAGCCAGUCGAGGCAGUGCUGCCGGUGGUCCAGGCUCGUCAUCCACUGGGAUGGAUGGCAUCAUGACGGCCGUGCAAUUGCCGAGCGCACACCCUGCCAUGAGCAGCGAGAUGGUUGUUGUGCUGAACGAUCCCGCCUCUGCUGCCUUCCCUCGCGUCGCGCAGCAGUUCCCGCAUCUCGCUGGUGCUGGAGCGGGAGCAGCAACAGGCGCAUCUGCCUCUGGCGCUGCGAGUCUGCCAGUCACUCCAACCGGCAACAGAAACAAGGGCAAAACAAUCGCUGUGUACCAUGUGCGCAGGAGCAAGUCGGCCUCAGCCACCCCAAGCGCGUCGCCCAAGCCGUCCGAGAGCGAUCAGGAGGACGACGAGGACGACGCCGGCUCCGACCGCACCACCAACGCGGCCCCGCCAUACGCCAAUCGCAAGCGCCACGCCGUGGAGAGUGCCAACGACCGGAGAGAGCGAAUCCGACUCCGACACAACAACUACGAGGCGCGCCGUCGCGACGACCUCAACAAAUGCUUCAGCUUGCUGGAGGAGGUCGUCAAGCGUCAUGUUUCGUUCGAACCACCACCACUCAAGCCCUUCCGCAACUACGUGCUGAUGCGCGCGUUCGAUUGCAUUGAUUUGCUUGCCAACUCCAACAUCCAACUGGUCGAAGAAGCAUCCCGUCUCAAUCGACGCUUGGCCGAAUUGGAUCACUUGAAUAUGCUGGUGUCCGAUCCGCCUCUCUUCAUGCAGAGCGAGAGCGGAGGAAAUCUCACGGACGUGCUUCCCACGGACGAUGCUUCUGCCAAGGGCGGAAUUGUGCCAAUGCUGGCUUAUAACAACCGCUUGUACGUCUUUGAUCGCGAGGACACGGGAUACCCCGCAAGCAUGAUGAACGGGCGCUGGCCUGGGUUGCCGACCACGGGCAUCGAUGCCGCCAUCAUGUGGAACAACAACACCCAGUGCAUGAUCUUCCACGACACAAUGUGCACCGCAUACGAUGUGCAAAAGAACUGCGCGUUGCCCGACUACCCACGAUCGAUCGCAGAGAUGUGGCCAUCCCUUCGAUUCCCGAAAAUCGACAGUGCGGUGAAUUGGGGCAACGGCAAAAUCUACUUCUUCCACGGCGGGUUUUACUCUCGCUUUGACAUUGCCACAGAUGCCGCGGACGAGGGCUAUCCCCGUCUGAUUGCAGACGGCCGCUGGAACGACAUGCUGGCCGCGUGUGGUUGUGCGGCGACCAUGCGCAACGUUCGCUGGCCCAUUCUCUGGGACAACGGCAAGGCCUAUCUCUUCUCGUCCAACGGCACCUAUACACGGUACGAUGUGGGCUCGCUGAUUCCAACGCGUUUGAGCUUGAGCGAGUACACGUCCCACAAGCCGAUCAAGACGGUUCCGAAUUCCGUCGAAGUCGUAUCAUCCUGGCUCGAAGCCAUCGAAUUGACCGAGUACAUUACUUUAUUCGUCAAAGAGAAGAUUAACUUUAACGUCCUGAGGGACAUGACGGAUGCCGACUUGAACUCGAUUGGAGUGCACGCUUUCGGCGCUCGACGACGGAUUAUGAGCGAGCUUCCAGCCAUGCUGGCUUCCCUCAACAGUUUCUCGUCGUCCGCAGUGGUUGCGAAUGUGAAUGGCACGACCAUCAUUUUGCCGCCAGGCACCGCUCAUGCCGCCAUUGCGCCAUCCACCCAUGCUAAUCCCGCUUUUGACUCGCCGCUCGUUCCUUCUGUUCUUCCGGCGCAUGUGUUGGCCUCUGCCUCUUCUGCGCCAGUCCCGAACCCGCUUGCACCGAUGGUUGUUCCAGGCCAAGAGGCUGGUGCGGGCACCAAGCCGUCCGAGGAAGAAGCGAUGGCUGACCAGGUAGCGGCGUCUUGAUGCAGCGAAGCAACCACAUUCGGUGCACCAGGGUUCCUUCUUUGCAUCUCGACAGCAAUAACAUUGUCUCUUGCACUUUGCUGCUUGCACUCGCAGCCCCAAUCUCAUCCUUCGUUUCUUGGUUUGGUCUUCUAUUCCUCCCUCUCUCGCUCUUCAUUUUGUUGCUUGUUGUUGUGUUUGCUUGAUGUUUGGUUGUUGUAAUUCAUUGUGUGUAUGCGUUCUUUUUGUUGUUGAACAACGAUUUCUUUGAC